AUGAAUACGAUCUAUGAGCUGGACGACCAGUGGAAGAAGGUUCUGACGCUAGACAACUUCCUUGGUGGGCUAACGGUGAACGAAUUUGUGCAGCAGCUGAGUAAGGAACAUGCACCUUCGUCCUUAAGCUCCAGCGCGAAUGGGAACUCAAACCGAGACAGUACGUUUGAUCAGCUAGACCCGAAACCGUACAUCAGAACCUUUGAAUCUGUCUUGCGGGAGCUAAAGAAACUGAAAGUGGAGUGCGAAUCGAACAAGGUACAUCUGAAUCAGGAGGUGACCGAGAGUGAACUCGCACACGCACGCAAUGUACUACAGUUAAAUGAGCGUUUUAAGGCCAUUGUCUCAAAUUAUGACGCCCUUGACGAGAAGCUAAGCUCGGUGACGCAGGUUGUUGCCCCACUGGGAGAGAAGUUAGAAAAAUCUAUGCGAGCGAAGAACUCCUAUGUUAAAUCAGCAGAGCUUAUCAGUUUUUAUAAGGACUUCCAUCUUGAAGGGACGUCUGCGAACCUAGAAUCUUUGCGUACGUCUUCCGACUGGCGCGAGAAGGCUCAGGCGGCCAUUUUGGUCAAGCAGUUGCUUGUUCUGACACGUAAAAUCGACACCAAGUCUCUACCGAAAACUAUAGAAACUACAAGUGCUCUCGAGGAGUACGCAUCGGCUAUGGAGACUGAGCUUCUUGAUAGCUUUAACUUAGCCUAUCGGAACAAUGACUUUGACAAGUUGAAUGAGAUCGCACUAAUACUAAAACAUUAUAACGGUGGAGUGAAUGUCAUUCAGAGUUUUAUCAACCAGCAUGAGUACUUUGCCGACGCUGAACUCAUCAAACAAAAUGAAGCAGACGUAGCGGUCUUCUCGAACUCAGCACUCACGGAGAAACUAACAAACGCUGAGGAACAUGAUAUGUUUUAUCCAAAAACUUUGGUCGAAAGCCUAAGUUCUAUGGAGGAAAUUGUGAAGGCUGAGGCCGAGAUCGUUCGGAGGGUAUUUGAGGAGAGAGCACCAGUUGUCAUGAAGCUUUUUCUAAAGCAGCUCAUGGCAAAGCGGGUCGAACCGAAGGCAACACUAUUUUUAAACACAUCUAUGACCAUUUCGAACUUGGCUUAUCUUAGGACGUUACAUUCCGUUUAUUCUCUCAUUAAUCAGUUUAUCAAAGACCUCUCGGAAUUCUUUAUCGAAAUGAACUGGGAUACCAAUAACAGCUUAGCAAGCGCACUCGACCAAUGUUUUACGGAGAUAUUUUCCAAGAUUGUGUUUGAUCGAGUUAAGUACUUUGAUGUCGAAAAGAAAUGCUUGGAAAGUAUCCUUAUACAUAUGACGUCGGACUUUAACACUUAUCAUGAAAGGGAGAUUCGUGCGCGGCACCUUACUGCCAAGCUAUCCGCAAGCGGUGAUGUUAAAGCAGAGUUGACAACUUAUUCUAUUCAAGGGUCCAACAGUAAGCUGUCCAAGGUUAAUAGUUUUAUCCGAAGCCAUUUAGAAAGGGAUAAGAAAAAUGCUGCCAGGUCCCCACCUUUAAGGCAGCCAACUGAUAAUAGUCCGCCACCAGACUACACCGAUCUUACGCAUGAUGAAGAUCCAUUGUUUACUCUAUCAUGCCUAGAUACAAUGCUGAAAUGCGCGGUGGAGUCACUUGCACGUAUGAUGGAGCUAAUACCAACGAAUUCCAGUGAUUUCUGUGUUGAAUUGGUUGAAGUGAUGCUGUUGGGGUUAAUCAGCUCAUAUGUCGAGUCAGCAUUGGAAGCAGCAUACUCUCAGUUGAUAUCAUCUGAUCCUGCUCAAACAACGAAUUUAAAUCUCUCCUACAUGAAGUAUGUUUCCAAGACGACAGAAAUGCUAAGUCUAAUAUCUGCAUCUAUCAAAGCGAUAAUCCUACCGUUGCUCAAUAAUUCACCGCAGGCUAAGAAGGAUAUAAUAAAGCUUGCUAAUGCAUAUUUAAAGAGGGCUGAGCUUGCUAUUAACAUUAUACUAGAAGAUACUGUACAAAUGGUUGAUCAAAGAUUUACGAUUGUGCUUUUGAAACAAAACAAAAAGGAUUUUGUACCUAGAUCGCAAGAACUACUGGACCAAGAUACAGUGACUGGGUCAGAAUUAGUCACUAUGCUAUACUCCAUUCAUUCUCAGGCAUCGCGUCAUUUAAAUAACGCUAACCUAAAAAGCUUCCUCACGGAAGUCGGAAAUACGCUGUACGAACGGUUACUGCAACAUUAUAAAAAGUUUUAUGUCAGCUCUAUUGGUGGGGUUAUUGUCACAAAAGACAUAAUUGGUUACCAAAAUGCUAUUGAAGAGUGGGGAAUCGAAGAACUGGAUGAAAAGUUUGCCCUGCUGAGGGAGUUAGCCAACCUCUUCACGGUCCAACCAGAACUUCUAGAAUCUUUAACCAAGGAAGGGAGGUUAGUCAACAUCGGCCGUAACAUCAUUAGUGAGUACAUAUCCAGAAGGGAAGACUUUAACAAUGACAGUUUUAGGACGAAGUUCAGGAUGAACUUAAUGUAA